CAGCUGGGCGCCCCUGCCACCCGAACACAUCCCCGAAUCCGUGAGCGCGCCCUCCCGUCUGGGGCAGCCGGCGCCGCUCGGCUGGCGCGAUGGCGCGCGGGGCGCGGCGCUCGCCCGCGGCCCUCCGGGUGCUGGGGGCCGCGCUCCUCUUUCUUCUUCGAUCGUCGGCCCCCAGCUGUGCGGCGCUGACCGCCGCGGCGGCGUCGGGGGCGCAGGCGCCAUCCCGGUCGCCCGCGAGGCCUGCGGGGGCCAGGAUCGUGUCGGCGCUCGUCUUCGACCCGGGCGAGUGCCGCCUGUGCGCCUUCAACGGCCCCGCUGCGCCCCGUCUGUUCAUCGACGGGCGGGAGGACGGCCUCGGCAGCAACUUCGAGGGGAUCCUCUCCGGGAUGGCCAUCGCGAGGAAGGCCGGCAUGAGCUUCGGGGGCGUGGUGGGAGGCGGCCGCGUGUGCCACGGGCAGGAGGUGGGCAGGCUCGUCUCGGAGCUCUUCGGCGUGCAGCGGGAGCACCUGUACCAGGAGGCCAUCCCCAUGCUGGCCUUGAGGGUUAUGGGCUUGGGCGACCUCGAAGAGUCGCGGCGGCCCGGCCAGAACGCGAGCGGUGACGUGUGGCUGCGGGCCAACCUGCCCCUGAGCGGCCCGGGCGCGGGCCACAUCGGCGAGUUCUUGGACCACGAGUUUUUAGAGGCCCUGCGGGCGGAUAUGCUGCCGCGGCUGGCAGAGAGGAGCCCCAUCGCAGCGAUCCGCCGCGGGCAUGGCCCCGUGGUGGCCAUGCACGUGCGGCGGGGCGACGUGUCGCAGUCUGUCAAUUGGGGCCGCUACACCAAGAACGAGUUCUACUACGACCUGGCGGACCGCAUCCGCGCCCAGCUGCCAGGGACGGAGGUGCACGCGUGGAGCGAAACGUCGGGCAGCUCGGCGCCCGAGGACUUCGACGGCUUCCGCGACCGAAACAUCACGGUCCACCUGGACACGGACAUCGUCGAGACGUGGUCGCACAUGGCGCAAGCGCAGGUGCUCGUGAUGGCUAAGAGCAGCUUCAGCUUCACCUCCGCCGUCCUGAACCGCGGUUGCGUCGUGUACCAGACCUAUCUCACCUCGCCCCUCCAGAGCUUCACCGCAACGAUGCCGCCGUGCACGCCCGAGGCGUUGACGAAGCGUCCGCUCCAGUGCUCGCCCGACCAGACGAUGCCCGUUGUCGACCAGCAGAAGCUGUCGGCCUGUCUGGCCAGGCCGGGGGCUCACGCCCCCUGAGGCCCCGGCCAGCGCGCGCACAGCGCCCCCGCCGCGCCUUCCUGUCAGAGGAGGGCGAGUUGAGACAACACGUGCGGGAGUUCGCGCGACUGGCAGGCCACCCGCAUGCGCGCCUGUCCGGCGCCCUUCCCCCGCCCAACAGGCAGCGCUCCGCCCCUGGACCCUGGUGCUGCUAGCUCGGGGGCGCCAGCCAGUAAUCGGUGGCGCCAGCUCUGCGGGAGCCGUCGGCGGACCCCGCCCCCGCGCCCGCGCAGACGCGUCCGCCGGCAGCGCGCCCUCUGCCGAGCGUACCGCUCCC